AUGGAGCAGCUGAGCUGUCAGGCGGGGGUGAGAGUUGCGCUGCCUUUGGCCACUGGAGCAGCGCGUCUCGUGUCCGUUGAGCUAAGGGCCCCCAGGGGGCCCCCACCCGAGGGCCCCGAGGGCCCCAUCAGUCCGCCGUAUCUGUGCUGCUGGGAGGAGGUGGAUUCCGUCUUGCCAAAGUUUUACAUUCCCCUGAAGGGUUGCAGAGUCGUCAACAACAUCACCGAACUUGGGCCUUGCCUGUACAUCAUCUCUGCGACAGGAGAGUUCGAAUUUCAAUGCCCGAACUCGCAAGUUUGCUCGGAGUGGAUAAACAUUCUCAAGGGUCAUGGCGCUUCGCUCCUGCGAUUCACGGAUCUUUACAGGUUGACUGGUUUUAUUGGAGAGGGCAGCUUUGCAAAAGUGUACAUUGGACGUCACAUGUUGACUGGCGAAGAUGUUGUAAUCAAGGCAGUUGACAAGAAGAAGGUCGUGGAGUCCAACGUCUACACGGAGAUCGAAGUCUUGCGGAAUGUCUCUCACCCCUAUAUUAUGCGGCUUUAUGCCGCAUACGAACAGGAGGACUUUGUUUGUUUGGUACUAGAGUAUCUUCGUGGCGGUGAGUUGUUUGAUUACUUGAGCACUAACGGCCCUUUCUCGGAGGAUCAGGCGCGGUAUGCCAUGCGGCGGAUUCUCUUGGCCCUCCAAGCGAUGCAUGCAAAAGGAAUAGUUCAUAGAGACCUCAAGACAGAAAAUCUUAUCAUUGAAGACUCGAGUAAUCCGGCGUCAAUAAAGCUUAUAGAUUUUGGCCUUGCUGCGACUAUGGGCAGUCCUGCCAUGAAAAUGAGAUGCGGCUCUCCUGGAUAUGUUGCUCCCGAGAUCCUGCAAGACUUACCCUAUGGUCCUAAGGUGGACGUCUUCAGCUCAGGCGUCAUUUUGUAUACCCUCCUCGCUGGCUUCCCUCCCUUCAGGGGCCAGAACGUCAAGGACAUACUCAAAAAAAACCUCAGAUGUCAGCUGAACUUCGCUCACCAGCGGUGGGCAGGCAUAGGGCACUCUGCUAAGGACCUGAUCGGUUGGAUGUGCUGCAAGCAGCCCACCAAGCGGUGCGCUGCCGUGCAGGCGCUGACACACCCGUGGUUCUACAGGAUCAGCAGGCCUUUAGCACAGAAAGAGACUCAGCCGAGAACAGCGAAUGCUGCCUUGCCAACCGGAGAUGGCGGUGCUAACCUGGCAGAAGGAUCCUCAGAUCGGCUAGAGGUGCAGUCCAGGACAGAGAGCUUGCUGCAGCAGUGCGCAGAGAGGGAGCUGCUCUCCGUUUGCGCCGCGAGAGACUCCCCUUUGCCGAAAAGAGACAUCCAGAGGCUUGAUGAGGCCCUGAGAGGCCUUCGCCUCGAGCCUCUGAGAGGCGGCAAUUCGCAAGCCGACAACACCAACGAUUCUUACUUCAGUAGCGCUCCACCAGGUGCCCCUGGAGGCGCGUUGGUAUCCUCAGAGGGGCACAAUAAGGGCCAGGCCGACUUUGCUUUAGGAUUCGGAGAGCCGCCGCAUGCAUGCCGUCGUGAAGAGACACCGCCAAACCACACCGUAAGCCGACAGGGAGGACACGCACACCCCAACAAGGCUGGCCAUACCACGAACUCCCCUGCCGCUAAGGCGGCUGCGAUGGGGGGGGCCAUACAAACGGCGGCAGCUGCGAGCGUUCCUGCAGCGCUAAGGGCUGGGGGUGAAGAAGACGCCACGACGAAGCAGAGCACCCCACCAACUGGCCAGCCGCUCUGGACCGCACAAGAACAUGCGGAAGAAGAAAACAGCGAGGACCUCAUGACUGCGAGAGCCUUGGCAGUCUCCUCCGACGCAUGCGCAGAUGCCGCAGUCGUCGCAGUGGCUGCAGCAAGAGCUACAGCGGAUGUCUUGGCGGCUGCUGCGCAGUGGGCUCUGCAGCAGCAGCAGCAGAGCAGCGCUGUGUCUUUCUGUGGAGCAGAGGUGCUGUCUGCUGCAGCCUCCGGAGAGGGAGGGGCCCCCGUCGUCCUGAGGGCCUCAAGGGCCCCCCGGCCCGAGAUGGUCAGUGAGGUUUUCGAUCCGGCGGAGUCACCCGAUGAAGGAGCGCAUGCAAGAGAACAAGGCACACGUGAGGGGGGGGGGGGGUCCCCGAGAACGGGAGCAGCGGCAGCAGGAAGCACUGCAACACCCCCCCCCUUACCCGCUGCAGGAUUGGAGCCAGCCUACCCCGCUUCCAGCGUCUCAACUUUGGCAUCCCCGGCAGCUGCACCCUUCCAGCCUGGAAAGCUUCCCAAACUGUCUCUCAUUCUUGGCGGCGAGCCUUCAGUGCCCCCCGAAGUCUGCGCACUCGAAUCAACGGGGAGUCGCACGCCUUUCCACGCUGAGGCCCCCUGUGAGAGCUCUUGGAAGGGGCCCCUGCAGUCGCCGUGCAGGGGCCCCUCUGAGGGCCUCUGUGGGGGUUUGCAUGAGGGGCCCUACUACGGGUACGGGGCUGUCGCACGGGAUGCCGCGGGAGGGGGGCCCCUGAGAGGAGGGGCAGGGGGCAUGGAAGAUUCUCAAGGAGUCUCUUCUCUCGAUCGAAAUCCCGUUGGAGGGCUGCACGUAUCAUACUCCCUUCACGCAAGCGAGGAUUGUACGGAAGAGGCCCCCCCUGUUAUCCCCCAGUGCGUACUACCCGCAAGGACAAACGGCACCGCAGGAAGCGUGUCUCUCUCAAGAGAAGAUCGCGUGGGGGGAGUGACCUUGAGUGCCUCUUCUGGAGACGCCGUUGAGAAGGAUUUUUCUGAACUCACCACUCCACGUCGCGCCGAGAUGGGAGGCGUCCUGCCUGCAGAGCGCAGUCUCCCCGCCUGUGCAAGGCCCCUGCUGCAGCAAGCCUCGCCGCGAGUCUCCCUCCCCUCCCCCAGGAGCCAAAAGGCUGCCGCAGAGGGUCCUCUUGCCACUGACACAUUGCGGGGGCACGCGGCAGGGGACGCAUCGGGUGCUUGCGCCUGCAGAGACCAGUUUGGAGACUAUAGAGUUGGGGGGGGGCAGCUCUGCGGGGGCCCCCUCGAGGGGUAUUUCCAAACUUGGCGGGACCAUCGUCGGAGCAUUAGGGAGGCCUCUGACUUCCCGCCAUCCGGGGGGAUUCCGUCCAACACGAGGCAGCACAAGGCGAUGCGGGGAGGAAGCUCAGAACGCGGGAAGGCCCCUACGUCUCAGGGCUCCCUCCCGAGGACGGUGCGACUGCAGUCUUCCAGACGGCUGCACUCACACAAGUACCUCGUUUCCGGGGCUCAAGAACUGAGACGAGGCCAUUCAAGGCAUAAUGUGGGGGCGUUUGAGGGUGUUCUAGAAGAAAGUAACGAUGUUCGCGCGUUUGAGGAAGGAGGGCACGCCUUGGGGUCUUCAGAAACGACCGCCACAUUGGGGGGCCCCUGUUGGGGCCCUUCGAGGAACAGACAUGGCUGGCCGCUUUCCGCUGCAGCAGACAACGCUGGCGGCAGCAACUGCGAUGACCAGAGAGCUGCACACCUCCCGCAGCUACACGAGGGAUUGCGGGAGCCCCCUGAGGGCCCCUCUGGAAGGCCUUUUGCGGGGUCGUUGCUCGCGGAAGGGCGUUCCCCUCGAGGGGCCCCCUGCGAUCGCGGCCUUCCUUUCCGCUGUAGCACAAGCAGCAGCAGCAGCAGCAGCAGGGGGAGUCAACCCUUCCAUGCUUUGCAGUCCCGCCUGUCGGAGUUCAUGGGGCUGCCAGUCUUCAGCAAAAUGGCAUCUGCCUUGGGGGCUGGGGAAUGGCUAAGGGGGAAGUCUCUGCGCUCGCAAGGCACCUCCUUCACGGCGGAACCCCCCAAAACGUCUCCCCCUAGGAGCAGUAAGAGAGCCUUGCAAGCUGGAGCUGCCCAGCGGGGAGCCCAACAGGAGAGAAGCAUCCCUAGGGAAACAAGGGGACCCCGAUUGGAGGAGGUGUAG